UUUCUCCAUCUCCUUUAGUCCUAGUAAUAUCUGUUCGUUUCUUAGGUAUCGAAUCUCUUUGAGGGCCACCCGGAUUUGCUUGAAGAAUUUAUUAGGUAUUUGCCAGAGUUCUUGGCGCCUCAUUCAGCAGCCCUGUUAAUCCAGAGUCAGGCCCAACGCUAUGAUGACCCAGGAUCAGCCCCUCCUCCUGUUGUGCCUCAAGUGUUGAUAGACAAUGUAUGGUAUUGGUUACAUUUUUUCCUCAUCUACUGUUGUUGUCACGUCCCUGGUUUCAUUGUCAAUAGAACUGUCAAUUGGUUGGGCAGCCCAUGGGCAAACCCAUUCAAAAUAAAUAUGGGCGGGCCGCAGUUACACCCAAAUACUAUAAGGGCUAAUUGGGUUAAAAACCAACUUUGCCCAUGGGUAAACUGGUCUAAACCAAUGGGUGUUGGGUUGGCCCAAAACAAUUACUUUCUAGGGUUACGAUGAUUUUGGGGGAAAGUUCAGAAACUUCAGAUUCCAGACGAUUUCUUCUGCGAUAGUCUUCUUCCUUCCCUGAUCUCUCUUUUUCUUUCCCAGAUUCUCGUACACACGAAUCAGUCCUUACGCCUUGUCUUUAGUUAUAUGAAUCAAGGUUUCUCUUCUGGAUAAAGACGUCAUCUUCUUCUAAGAAAAUGGAAGCUAUAGACUUGAACAAUGAUGGUCAGAAUGAUGUGAUGGAUGAAGAUAUAGAGGAUCAUGAAGUUUUAGAGGAUUCAGAGGCUAACAGAGGCACACAACCGAGACAAGUUCAGUUACGCCGUAGAGUCUCUAGGUGCUGGAAGAAGUUUACUAUACUUGGAGGAAGGCUGUCUGAUGGUACAACUAAGAUCAGAUGCAACCUUUGUAGAAGGUUUUACUUCUUGAAUCUUCGUAGGAAUGGAACCUCAACUCUGACUCGUCAUAUGAAGGUAUGUCCAAAAGCUGUUGGAACACCUAGAAGUAGUGCUAGGAAGGUGGAUAUGAUGGUGUUUCGUGAGAUGAUAGCUAUGGCCAUUAUAGAGCAUGAUCUUCCUUACAAGUUUGUAGAGUAUAAGAGGAUUAGAAUGGCUUUUACUUAUGCUAAUUCUAGUAUUGAGUAUUGGAGUAGAAACACAGCAGCUUCUGAUGUGUUGAAGAUUUAUGAAAGUGAGAAGCAGAAACUUAGGAAAAUCUUAAAUGAUUUUCCUGGAAGGGUUUCUUUGACAACAGAUCUCUGGAGGGCUAUUACUAUCGAAGGAUAUCUCUGCUUGACUGCGCAUUACAUAGAUGUUGAUUGGAAUUUGCAAGCUAAAAUAUUGGCUUUCACCGCUUUUCCUCCGCCUCAUUCUGGAAUAGCCAUUGCUAUGAAGCUGGUUGAGCUGCUGAAGGAGUGGGGACUGGAAAAGAAGGUCUUCUGUCUCACUGUAGACAACGCUUCUUCGAAUGAUAGCAUGCAGAGUAUCAUGAAGAGACAGAUGCAGAAAGAUCUGGUCUGCGGUGGAGAGUUCUUCCAUGUACGAUGUUCAGCACACAUCCUUAAUCUUAUUGUUCAAGACGGCUUAGCAGUGAUUGGAGGAGCUUUGCAGAAAAUCAGGGAGAGUGUCAAGUUUGUUAGAGGAUCAGAAAGCAGGGAAAGAAUGUUUCAAAACUGUGUUGAAACAGUGGGAACCGAGGUCGAGGGUGAUGAAGGUCUGGUCUUAGAUGUAAGCACACGCUGGAAUUCUACUUUCCUUAUGCUUUCUAGAGCUAUCAAGUUCAAAGCUGCACUAGGUAACUUGGCGGAUGUAGAACCGAGUUAUGUGAGCUGUCCCUCUUAUUCUGAGUGGAGGAGAGUAGAAGUGAUAUGCGAGUUGUUGAAGCCAUUUUCUGAGAUUACAAAUUUGAUUUCGGGUUCCUCAUACCCAACAUCAAAUUUGUAUUUCAAUGAAAUUUGGAAGAUUGAGUGUUGGUUGAGAGCUCAUGCAAAUUAUUCUGAUCCUGUUAUAUCUGCAAAGGUUGAAUCUUCUUUUUUUGUUUGUUGUUGCAGGCUGCAAAUAAGAGAGACAAAGUUACAAAGCUAGAACAAAGUGAAUUCAUAAACAGUGUUAAAAACUUAAGUCUUUAGAGAUUGUUUCAGAUUUUUCAAUGUUGUUUAAAGUUUCAAAAUUUUACUACUCAAUUUUGGAUAUUUCUAUCAUAUUUCAAUGUUGUUUAAUAUUUAAAGUGGGCUUAAAUUGAAUUUAAACAGAUUUGGACCAAUACUUAAAUUGCUUAUAAAUGGGCGGGCUUGGGUUGUCCAGCUGGGUAAUGGGUGUUAUUGGGUGUGGGUGUUGUUGGGUGUGGGCUAAAUAUGGGUGUGGGUGUUUUGAGCCCAGAAAAAAAAACACCCAGUUGGACAUACCCAUUUGGGUGCGGUCCAACCCAACUGACAGGCCUAAUUGUCAAUACGUGUUUCAUCAUCAGGAUCGCCAAGCAGAUACGGCUGUUGCUUCUCCAGGUGACCGUGAUCAUAGUGUUGACUGUUCUGACCUUAUUGUCGAUAAAGUGAUGCACAUAGAGCUGAAGGAACGAGUGGAGAAGGAGAAGCGUGAUAUGGGAAUAAACAAUCAGGAACCGACGAUCGAUGAUGGGUUGUCCUACGUGAAGGAUGUUGAGCAGAUGUUUCAAGAUCAAAGAGACAAAAUUGAUACGUUGUUGUGAUUAUGAAAGACUUUGAUGCAAAAAGGUAAGACCGUUUUUGCUUUCCUAUCUGAUUGUUUUUUAGCCUGAACUGAUGGCAUUCGGAAACGCUCUUCAUCUUGCAUUUAUUUACAUGACCGAUCUACGUGGCAUGAUUGCACGAGUGAAGGAGUUGUUCAAAUGGCAUAACAAUCUCAUUUUCGGGUUUAACACCUUUUGCCUAAGCAAUUUGAAAUAACCCUUGAUGAUGAUGAAGAUGAAGAAGAAGCUGUACCACCAGAGAAGAAAUUUGAGCAAGCCUCCUUAGCUUUAGUAAAUAACAUCAAGGUAAGGUAGUCUUUGGUUACAUUUUUCCUCACUCUACUAUUGUUGUCACGUCAUGUCAAUACGUUUUUCAUCAUCAGGAUCGCCAACCAGAUAGGGAUGUUGCUUCCCCGGGUGACCAUGAUCAUAGUGUUGACCGUUCUGACUUUUAAUGUCGAUAAAGAGAAACGAGUGGAGAAGGAAGAUAGAGAAAGGAUAAACCAUGCUUUGGGCGAUGGAGAAGCAGAAGAGCAAGGUAAUUUGCACCAUUUUCCAAAGAAAUCUGAGAGUUUUGAAGCUUUCUCUGGUCCUGCUUGUUGGAGAUAAACUUGAAGUUUGAAGAUAACUUAGAGAAUAAGUUAUCAUAAUCCUAUUCGAGUUAUGUUUAGGAUAAAAUAGGUUUUACUAACAUAUUUAGGAUAAAUAUAUCUCUAUAUAAGAAGAUGGUGAGUUGUGCCAUGAACUUGUGAGAUUAGAGAUUAUUUGUGAGAGCUUAGGUUUUGAGUGAUUUUCCUAAGUUAAUAAAAAGAGAGUUCUUAUAUAAUCUUGAGUGUUCAUAAGCUAAGCUAAUAUUUGGUAUCAGAGCCAUUACGACAAUGGGAGAUAUCACGACAGUUUCUGGUUCGAUGGUGAAAGCACGAGAAGGAGGAACCUCUUCGAUCAACUGUCCAAUGCUGAGCGCUACUAACUACACGGUGUGGGCUAUCCGGAUGAAAACCCUGUUGAAAGUACACAAAACAUGGGACGUGAUCGAGCUAGGAACAGAGGAAAUCGAGAAGAAUGACAUGGCGAUUGCAUUGAUUUUUCAGUCGAUACCUGAAGCUCUGGUGUUACAAGUUGGAGACAUAGACAAUGCUAAGAAGGUGUGGGAGGCAAUCAAAGCGAAACAUAUGGGAGCGGAUAGAGUCAAAGAAGCUAGACUUCAAAACCUAAUGGCCGAAUUUGAUCGUUUAAAGAUGAAAGACAAUGACACUAUUGAUAACUUUGUUGGGAAGCUAUCAGAGAUUGCAUCAAAAUCCAGCGCGUUAGGAGAAAUUAUCGAAGAAACAAAAUUGGUAAAGAAAUUUCUUUCUUUCCUCCCACGAAAGAAGUAUAUCCACAUAGUUGCUUCAUUUGAACAAGUCUUGGACCUCAAAACAACGAGUUUCGAGGAUAUUAUUGGUCGUCUGAAAGCAUACGAGGAGCGAGUGUGUGCAGAAGAAGAAGAAGAUGCUCCCGGUAGUCAAAACAAACUGAUGUAUACAUCGAAUGAGGCAUCACAAUCACAACCUGCGAGAGAAUAUCAAGAUUAUCAAGGAGAUUAUAGAAACAGAGGUCGAGGAGGACGUUAUUAUAACAGAGGAGGACGAGGCCGUGGCAGAACGUAUAGAGAUUUUGAUAUCUCGAAGAUCACAUGUUUUCGAUGCGAUAAAAAGGGCCACUUUGCAUCGAGCUGCCCGGACAGAUUGCUUAAGCUACAAGAGGCCUAUGAGACUAAAGAAGACGACACACAUGAAGCGGAUGCAUUGAUGAUGCACGAAGUGGUAUAUCUGAACGAAAGAAACGUGAAGCCAAAUGAGUUUGAAACAUAUACGAGUAGAGACAACAUAUGGUACUUUGACAAUGGCGCGAGUAAUCAUAUGACAGGUAAUCGACAUUACUUCAAAGCUCUCGAUGAAACCAUUACAGGAAAAGUUAGGUUCGGCGAUGACUCAAGGAUUGACAUCAAAGGAAAGGGAUCAAUUCUAUUUUGUACCAAGAACGGUGAUCGAAAGACUUUGGCAGAUGUAUACUUCAUUCCCGAGUUUAAAAGUAACAUUAUCAGCCUAGGACAGGCUACUGAGUCAGGCUGCGAUGUCCAUAUGAAAGAGGAAUAUCUUACUCUGCAUGACAAGGAUGGUAACUUGAUCACUAAGGCAAAACGAUCACAGAAUCGUCUGUACAAAGUUAUGAUGGAAAUCGUCGAGAGUAAGUGCCUCCAAGCCAUUGGACAAUAUGAUACUACAACUUGGCAUGCACGGCUUGGUCACAUCGGAGCUGACUCAUUGAAAACUAUGGUCAGAAAGGAGCUUGUCGUCUGAUUACCUAAGUUAACCGUUGAAAAGGAAACAUGUAAAUCAUGCUUACUUGGCAAGCAGGCAAGACACCCGUUUCCGCGGACAACUUCAUAUCGAGCUAAAGGAAUCUUGGAACUUAUGCACGGCGACCUUUGUGGACCAUUCUCCCCGUCAACAGCAUCAAGAAGCAGAUACAUCUUUGUGAUUAUAGAUGAUCAUUCCAGAUACAUGUGGUCUAUUCUCUUAAAAGAAAAAGGAGAAGCGUUUGAGAAAUUUCGAAAAUUCAAAGCGAGUGUGGAGCUUGAGACUAAAGCUAAGAUUAAGUGUUUCAGAACUGAUAAGGGCGGUGAGUUCACAUCUACAGCGUUCAAUGGUUUCUGUGAGGAAUCAGGAAUAGUGCGACAAUUAAUUGCUCCGUACUCUCCACAGCAGAACGGGGUCGUCGAGAGAAGAAACAGAACUCUCAUGGAGAUGACAAGAAGCCUGCUGAAGCAUAUGUCAUUACCGAAUCAUCUGUGGGGUGAGGCUGUGCGUCAUGCUACGUACCUCAUCAACCGAGUUGGUACGAAGUCUCUGACUGAUCAGACGCCGUACGAGGCUCUAAAGGGGAGAAAACCUAAUAUUGAGCACUUGCGAAUCUUUGGAUGCAUAGGCUAUGCGAAGGUCGACACUUCGUUCCCAAAGAAACUCGAUGACAGAUCAAGGAGUUUGGUUCAUCUAGGCACAAAGCCUGGCUUUAAAGCUUACAGAUUAUAUGAUCCAUCUCGUAAACGAGUAGUAGUAAGCCGCGAUGUGUGCUUUGAUGAGAAGAAGACGUGGGAAGGGACAUCAUCAAGCUCUGAAGAAGACAAACCAGGAACGUUAGUGAUCUCGUUUGGCCAAUAUGGAAACAGAGGAGUAAGAAAAGAUGAAGAUAAAGAAGAAACAGAGGAAGGCAAUGAUGAGACAGUCGAAAUAGAGCACAACCUACCCGAUAACAGUAACGAUGAUGUAACUGAGACAAGUGAGUUGAGAAGAUCUACAAGAGUAAGUAAGAAACCAGGGUACCUUGACGAUUACGUUUGUCUAGCAGAGGAGGAAGGAGAACGUCUGUUGCUGUUGAUAAACGAGGAGCCAUGGGAGUUUAGAACAGCCGUAGAAGAGAAAGUGUGGAGAGAUGCAUGUGAGGAAGAGAUAUCAUCAAUCGUCCGGAACAAGACAUGGGAUUUAGUCGAGUUACCACCUGGAGCUAAGGCCAUUGGACUCAAGUGGAUAUUCAAGAUAAAACGGAACUCGGAUGGGAGUAUAAACAAAUAUAAAUCCAGGCUUGUUGCAAAGGGAUAUAUCCAAAGGCAUGGGAUUGAUUUCGAAGAAGUAUUUGCUCCAGUAGCUCAAAUUGAAACCGUUUGCUUCCUCAUUGCUCUGACUGCACCUCACGGAUGGCAGAUACAUCACUUAGAUGUUAAAACUGCUUUCCGCAAUGGAGACAUAAAAGAAGACGUUUAUGUCACGCAACCAGAAGGGUUUGUAGUUGAAGGCAGUGAACACAAGGUCUACAAGUUACACAAGGCGCUUUACGGUUUGAAGCAGGCUCCAAGAGCUUGGAAUGAGAAGUUAAACAAGGUGCUUGGUGAGAUGAAGGUUAUCAAGUGUUCGAAAGAACCAUCAUUGUAUCGAAAGCAGGAGAAAAAUCAUCUCCUACUCGUUGCUGUCUACGUAGAUGAUCUCUUGGUCACAGGAUCAAGUAUUGACAUGAUAGAGGAGUUCAAAGCGGGAAUGUCAGCAUGUUUUGAGAUGAGUGAUCUCGGGCUGUUAACCUAUUACCUAGGUAUUGAGGUCAUUCAAUACGAUGGAGGGAUUAAGAUUGUGCAAGAAAGAUAUGCAAAGAAGAUAUUGGAGGAGUCAGGUAUGAGUGAGUGCAACGCUGUACAAGCUCCAAUGGACUCGGGACUGAAGCUCUCUAUGGCCAAAGACGAGAGAUCAGUAGACGAGAAGGAGUACAGAAGGCAAAUAGGGUGCUUACGAUAUCUGAUUCAUAUACGGCCAAACUUGUCUUAUGCUGUGGGUGUAUUGAACAGAUACAUGCAUGAACCAAAAGUAUCUCACGCAGGAGCCCUCAAGCAGGUACUUGGGUAUCUAAAGGGAUCAAUUUCUUAUGGUCUUUCGUACAAGAAAGUGGGUAGGAGAGAACUAGAAGGUUUUGUGGACAGUGGACACAAUAUCGACGAGGAUGAUGGAAGAAGUACCACAUGUCAGAUUUUCUAUCUAGAUGACUGUCCAAUUUCGUGGUACUCAACGAAACAAGAGACCGUAGCUCUCUCAUCCUGCGAGGCUGAAUUCAUGGCCGCCACCGAAGCUGCCAAACAGGUGAUUUGGUUGCAGGAGUUACUAGAAGAGGUCAGCAAGGAGACGUGCAAGAGAACCACCAUCUACAUUGACAACAAAUCAGCGAUAGCAUUGACAAAGAAUCCUGUUUUCCACGGACGAAGCAAACACAUACACAAGCGCUAUCACUUCAUAAGGGAAUGCGUCGAGAACGAGCAGAUAGAGGUCCUUCACGUGCCUGGCAACAAGCAGAAAGCGGACAUACUAACCAAGGCACUUGGAAAGAUUAAGUUCAAAGAAAUGCGAGACCUUAUCGGACUUGAAGAAGUGAAGAAAGUAGACUUCAAGUUUAAGGGGGUGAUUGUUGGAGAUAAACUUGAAGUUUGAAGAUAACUUAGAAAAUAAGUUAUCAUAAUCCUAUUCGAGUUAUGUUUAGGAUAAAAUAGGUUUUACUAAUAUGUUUAGGAUAAAUAUAUCUCUAUAUAAGAAGAUGGUGAGUUGUGCCAUGAACUUGUGAGAUUAGAGAUUAUUUGUGAGAGCUUAGGUUUUGAGUGAUUUUCCUAAGAUAAUAAGAAGAGAGUUUUUAUAUAAUCUUGAGUGUUCAUGAGCUAAGCUAAUACUGCUGCUUCACAUUAUGAGAAAAACAAUCUAAAAGGUAAGCGGUGAACAUCUUUUAUGAGCAUUUUUCUUACCUUCUUUUUGUCUCUGAAUAUGGUUUUUGUCUACGUCAUUUGAAUAAUUACUAACACUGUUGGGUUGUACACUUGCCGUAGACUCACUUAGCAAUGAAGGACAUUUAUCUAGGCCAAGGAAGGCGGAUGAAAAAGAAACAGAGGCUGCCAAAGAAAAGGAGCGAUCCAAGGACAAGUACAUGGGGAAAUCUAUUCAGGAGCUUGAUCUCUCUGAUUGCGUGCGUUGCACUCCUAGCUACCUCCUCCUCCCUUGGGAUUAUCCACUGCCUUCUGUGCGCCACAGAGAGACAUCAGAAGCUGUUGUUUUGAAUGAUCACUGGGUUUCUGUCAAUUCAGCAAGUGAAGACUACUCUUCUAAGCACAUGCGCAGAAACAGAUAUGAGGAAAGCUUGUUUAAAUGUGAAGAUGACAGAUUUGAGUUGGAUAUGCUGUUGGAAUCUGCCGAAUCUGCAGCGAAAAGGGGAGAAGAGUUGCUGAAUAGUAUCAUUGAGAAGAAAAUAAGUUUAGAAGAGGGCUCCUUCUUGGUUGAAGACCAUUUCACAGCCCUAAAUUUAAGGUGUAUAGAGCGACUUUAUGGGGACCAUGGUGUUGACGUGAAAGAGACAAUACGUAAGAGCAUCUCCAAUGUAAAACUCCAUUUUUUCCUUUAAAAUGGAGUAAAAGUGAAAAUUGAGGAAAAUUGCUCCAACCCCACUCCAUUUCCAACUCCAUUAUGAAGUGAUGAACAAACAAAAAAUAAACUACUCCAUUUAUGGGGUAAAUUUCAUCAUGGAGUGAGAUAUGGAGUUGGGUUGGAGCAUUCCUUACUCCAUAUCCACUUUUACUCCAUUUUAGAGGAAAAGAUGGAGUUGGGAUGGAGAUGCCCUAAGGAUCAAGCGGCUGCACUUCCUGUAAUUCUAACUCGUUUGAAGCAGAAACAAGAUGAAUGGACAAAAUGUUGACAUGAAGCAGAAUUAAACAGCUAGACUUGAGAAUUAAGCUGUCAGACUUGAGAAUUAAGCUGCCAGACUUAUAAGGUUUUAUAAAGCUUUUAUAAGGCUUUAUAAGGUUUUAUCAGGCUUUAUAAGAGUUUUAUAAACUCGAUUUUAUCGAAGAGAAGAAGAAGUGAGAAGAAGAUAUUUUAUUAUAUUGUGUACUGAGGUCACUUGUCUUUAAAUACUUGUACCCAGAUCCACAAUUAAAUUAAGGAAACUAUUCUCUC